AUGAUACUUGGCCUCUCUCUCCAGGUUCCUGUUGUUGAUGGCUAUUCAUUCCCUCAUCUCACUAAGCGGAUGAACGUAGCUGGUCGGCACAUUACAUCUUAUCUUGUUGAUUUACUUUCACGGAGAGGAUAUUCAAUGAAUAGAACUGCUGAUUUUGAGACUGUCAGGGAAAUCAAAGAAAAACUCUGCUAUAUAAGUUAUGAUUACAAGAGGGAGUAUCAACUGGGACUUGAGACCACCAUACUGGUUAAGAACUAUACACUGCCAGAUGGAAGGGUCAUUAAAGUAGGCACUGAAAGGUUCCAGGCUCCCGAGGCUCUUUUUACUCCAGAACUCAUAGAUGUUGAAGGUGAUGGAAUGGCUGACAUGGUUUUUCGCUGCAUUCAAGAAAUGGAUAUUGACAAUCGUAUGAUGAAAGAAAUACUGGAUCGCUAUCUUGAUGUGGUUCUCAAGGGAAAUAAGGAUGGGUUAAAGAAACUGCGAUUGAGGAUUGAAGAUCCACCUCGAAGAAAGCAUAUGGUCUACCUUGGUGGUGCAGUUCUUGCAGGAAUUAUGAAGGAUGUACCUGAGUUUUGGAUUAGCAGAGAUGAUUAUCUAGAAGAAGGGGUUGCUUGUGUGAGUAAGUAUGGCCAGGCAUGA